GGGCGGGGCCGUCUCGCUCAGCCUGGGGCCGAUUCAAACUGAGAGAGGAAGGGAUUGGCUGAGCCCGCCCGAGAGGGAAUCGCGCAGCGAGAGGCGAAAGUCUUGAGAUUGCCUGCGGGAAGACCCACUGUCCAGCUUCCAUUGAGUAACGCAGUUUAGACCGCGGCAUUGUAAGCACGGGAGGAGCAGUCCAGUACGGAGAGAUCUUACUCUGCUGUGGGAAAUAGGAUUUGUGAGACAGCAAUUAUGAACUGAAGUUACAAAGCAAAAUUUGCGCCCUUUGAAUGGAAUUAAAAAUUAAUUGGCCAACAAGUCAAGGUUGAAAGAACUAAGUACCCUCGGGAGGCUGGAUUUUGGUAAUCUAACUCUAGAAAUCACCAGUAAAGUAGCUGAAUUUAACGGCCUAAUAGUCGUAAUACUGAUAAUUGAACGACAGAGCGACUUUCCAAUGGAAGCAAAUAAAGGAGAGGAAAGAAAGCUAUGGCUGUCCCAGCCAAGAAGAGGAAGAUGAACUUCUCGGAGCGGGAGGUGGAGAUCAUCGUGGAGGAGCUGGAGUUGAAGAAGCACCUGCUGGUGAACCAUUUCAACGCCGGGGUCCCGCUGGCCGCCAAGAGUGCUGCUUGGCACGGCAUCCUGCGCAGGGUCAACGCCGUGGCCACGUGCCGCAGGGAACUGCCGGAGGUCAAGAAGAAGUGGUCUGACCUCAAGACCGAGGUCCGCCGCAAGGUCGCUCAGGUCCGGGCCGCCGUGGAGGGCGGCGAGGCCCCAGGCUCCACCGAGGAGGACGGAGCGGCCGGGGCCGGGCCGGGUGCGGGCGCUGGCGGAGGCGGUCCAGCGGUGGCCCCCGUCCUGCUGACCCCCAUGCAACAACGCAUCUGCAACCUGCUGGGUGAGGCCACCAUCAUCAGUCUGCCCAGUACCACGGAGAUCCAUCCCGUGGCCCUCGGACCCGCGGCCACUGCAGCCGCAGCCACGGUCACCCUGACACAGAUCCCCACGGAAACCACCUACCAUGCGCUGGAGGAGGGCGUGGUGGAGUACUGCACAGCCGAGGCCCCGCCACCUCUGCCGGCUGAAGCCCCGGUAGAAAUGAUGGCCCAACACGGCGACACGUCCGUCAAGCCACAGGCACUCAAGAGCCGCAUCGCCCUCAACUCAGCCAAACUGAUCCAGGAGCAGCGGGUCACCAAUCUGCACGUGAAGGAGAUUGCCCAGCACCUGGAGCAGCAGAACGACCUGCUGCAGAUGAUCCGACGCUCGCAGGAGGUGCAGGCCUGUGCUCAGGAGCGCCAGGCCCAGGCCAUGGAGGGCACCCAGGCAGCCCUGAGUGUGCUCAUCCAGGUCCUCCGGCCCAUGAUCAAAGAUUUCCGCCGCUAUCUGCAGAGCAACACGCCCACCCCGACCCCUGCCUCCGACCCUGGACAGGUGGCCCAGAAUGGGCAGUCCGAUGGUGUCAUCCAGUGAGGAUGGGGUCCCAGCCUCCUGCUGUGAUUGGAUGAACGCUCUGUGGUCUCGUAAGUGGCUUCUGCGAUUGGCCGUAGCCUGGCCACAUAGACAGCUCCCACUUUGGGGUCCACAGUUGUGAGAAAGGAAGGAAACUGGGAAGAAGAACUUGUUGGGCUCCUGGGAUCCAGACUCACUUCCUCCCACUUCUGGAGCCGCCUUGCUGAGACCCAGCCGAUUGGUUAGCUGGAGGUCCCUGAGUUGGGGAUGAGACACAAGUGGCUAUGAGCCAGGGCUGGGGCCAUCGCCCGGAUUCCAUCAGGAAAACACUGUAAGGAAACAGUGGCUCUCACUAGGGGCCCCAGCCCAGUGCCAGGCUUUUGAGGACGAUGGUGAUGGUGGCAUCGGUGUCAGCAGGAGGCCAGUUAUGUCUUCCUCCCACGCUGGGCAGUAUACUGAGCCCAGGAAGCGAAGCCCAGCCUCUCGCCUUUCACCGUGCCCCAGUCCUUAGGGCCUGUCCCUCCUGCUGUGCCCAUCAGUGCCCACCCCAGGCACAGCGUGGGCCUCUGCGGUAUCCCCGUCAGUGCACCCGUCCAUGCCUCAGCCCGCCCGGCUCAGGGCGCUGUGUGUAGUGGGGAUGGGCCGGCGCUCUCUACUCUUCCACUUCGUCUUCGGCCCUGGGCUCUGGGCUCGGGUCAGGCUUCAGUUCCAGAGAAGCAAAUCCAAGUGGAGUCUUGUCAUCCCCACCCCCCGCAGUGGGUCGGAGGUGACUGUUGCUUUUUCCAGUCAUUUUUAUUCUAUAGUGAGCUCCUGGUGGGGAGACCCAAAGGAGGGCAGCUCUGGGCCGUGCCCUUCCUCCUUUCCUCUGUGCUAAGUCCAUUUCCAAACUCAGUGCGGAAAAGAGCCCUCAGCACCCCAGCAUCCCAACACUCAGGAGGCUGAGGCCGGAGGAUUGCCACAAGUUCAAGGCCAGCCUGGGCUACACAAUAAGUUCAAGGCCACACUGAACUAUAUACACAGCAAGACCUUGCCUCAAAGAAAAAAAAGGCAGCCGUGCUCACACCCCACCCUGGACCCUUCUCCCUUGCCCCAUCGGUCAGUGCCCCUCUGAUUGGCUGAGUGAUUCCUAAGCCGUUUGAACCGUGAAUGUAUGAAGUAGGAGAGAUGAAGCCAACCUAAGAAAGGAGGCCCUUUGACCCCUGGUGCUGCAGAAGCCCUGAGUGCGCGUGCUGCGGAGGUACUGCCCUGCCACCGGCUUCUCUGAGGCAUCCCUGGGGCUUGACCCAGAUGGUGCUUGUCCCUUUCAUUCACAGACUCACCAUUGAUCACUGAGAUGCCCACAUCUCCCCAGAUGUUUCCUAAGUUUGCCGUCUUGCUGCUGGUGCCUUGGCCACAUGUGACCCACGGUGACAACUUGAGGCUUCAGAUCUAUAAACAAGGGACAGAGCUGCCUGCCCGGGCAGGUCUGUGUAGCAUUGCUCAGCACCACCAUUGUGAUCGCAGGAGAUGCCCCCAGAGGCGGCUGGGGGGUGGCCGCCAUGCCGCCCCCACCCUCCCCCCAGUGCAGGCUCGCGUGCAGCGCCAGCUGCGGGAGGCAGUGCAAGACUGGGCCCAGCUUGGGAGUUGGGUGGCGGAGCUGUGGCCAGAAGGCAGCUCUCUCUGCCAGCUCAGCCACCCUGGCUCUGUGGAGCCCGAUGGCCCCGGCAAGGGGUCUACAGGGACUUCUGAAGGAUUAGCGACUUGGUUUGGCUUUUCUCCAGGGUUGGAAAUCUGAGCCAAUAUUGUGUCUGUUUCAUUUGGGUACAAAGAAGCCUGGAUCCCUUAAAGUGACUCAUUCUUUCCAGGUCGUAAUUUUAAAUUAAAGACAUCACUUUUUUUAUGCUUAC